AUGGCACAGCAGCAGACGCUGCGUUUCCGCGGCCCUGCUCCUCCUCCAACCCCAGUGAUGCGUGGUCCACCCCCACUUCUCAGACCCCCACCUCCCCCCUUCGGUAUGAUGAGAGGGCCUCCGCCACGGGGGCCACUGUUCGGGCGUCCACCGUUUGACCCCAGCAUGCCACCCAUACCCCCACCAGGAGGCAUGCCCCCACCACUCGGACCCCCUCACCUACAGGUACACCUGUCAGAGUUGCAAGGAAUCAUUUCUGGCAAUCGAUCCAUCCAUCUUUUCUAUAGUAUGUGACUGCUAAACAUUUUGUCAGUCAGAGGUCUGAAUGCAUUGAGAGCCUGAAAAUCUUAGACUGCAGAGCAAGUAUUAAAUGCUUGAUAUUUAAAUGAUUUUUUUUGUAUUUCAGAGACCUCCUUUUAUGCCCCCACCGAUGGGCAGCAUGCCUCCACCACCAGGGAUGCUAUUCCCUCCUGGAAUGCCCCCAGUUCCUGCAGCUGGAGCUCAUACUCUUCCCCCUACUGAGGAGAUCUGGGUGGAGAACAAGACACCCGAGGGAAAGGUAGAGAAUAGCCUUACUUAAAGGAAAGAUUCACCCAUUUUGAAUGUUAUAUUGUUUUUGUGCAUCUCUGAGCGACAUUCUAUUGAUUCCCGGGGUCAUUUCAUGUUUUCAUGUGUAUUGGAGCUAUUGCCAUUCAAGCAGGCAGAAGUACAGCUGGUAUGACGAGUUUUGCAUCCCGGCUGUAUUUCUGCCUGCUUGAAUGGCCAAUAGCGCCGAUACACAUGAAAACAUGAAUUGACCCCGGGAAUUGAUAGAUCAUCACUUAGUGAUGCAGAAAAACAAUAUAACAUUCAAAAUGUGUGAAUCUUUCCUUUAAUAACCUAUCUGAAUGAAUAUUUCCCUCAUAAGUUAUGUCCCCCCUUCCCCUAGGCGUACUACUACAACGCCAGGACUCGAGAGUCAGCCUGGAGCAAACCUGAAGGGGUGAAGGUGAUCCAGCAGUCAGAGCUCAACCCUAUGAUGGGGACCCUGACUGGAACAGGAGCCUCUUCCAAUAGCAGCACUGCAGCCUGCACUGCAGCAGCCACACCCUCCCCAGUGUCUACACAGGCUCCUUCCCAGUCCCGCACCAUGACUACCAGCCCAGACACCAACACCACCUCUUCUGUGUCCCAGACCAUCACUAGUGAGUACAGCACUGGGAAAGGGACAUCUGGAUCUUCUUUAGUUCUCUGGACAGGUCUGACUUUUAUAUGGUUAGAAAUCCUCAUGGUAUGACAAAAUAAGACUGAUUUUAGUGAAAAUCACAAAGUUGGAAAUGAGUAGUUUUCUGCUUGUCUAUGGUUAGUUUUACUGUAUGUCCAGACUGCGUGUUGUAACACUCUGCUGGUAUUUGCCCAGCUUCUGCUGCUACAGAUCUGCAGCCUGUGGUCUCCGUCCCCUCCAGUGUGGGAGUGACGCCGAUGGCUUUGGUCAGUGUAACCACAGUUCCAUCCUCAGUGACACCAGUCCAGACCAUGUCCCUGCUGCCCCAAAGUCUCCCGACUGGCCUGUCCCACCACACCAUGUCCCAACCUCACACCACGGCCACAAUCCCAGGCUUCCCGCCAGGGGUCAUGCACCCCUUCAGAGUGCCUCUACCAGGCAUGCACAUCCCACUGCCCGGUAAGACAUGAUCUGCUCUCUCCUCAUCCCAAACCUCUCUACCUUGUUUUAACAUGACUGACUCUCCACCCCUUUCCAUACUGUCAUUAGCCAUCUCUUCAUUUGUUUGUCAUCUUAACAUUAGGUCUCUUAUUGUUAUCCCCUGUACAUUUUACAUGUUAGUCAUUUAGCAGACGCUCUUAUCCAGAGCGACUUACAGAAGUGAAUGCAUACAUUUUAUCUAUUAAAAGUAAUAGAUUAAACAAAUAAUUGUAGAGGUAGAAUGGUCUCGGUCAUGGUUGGAGAGAUAAAUAAGCAAACUAGUUUUUUUUGUUUUUUGAUUCUUGAAACUUAUUCCACAACUCCAUGUUCAACUCUUAGAAUGUUUGUUUAUUCUUGCACUGCAGUUAUUGGAGAAACAAGUCAUUUUCUGUCCUGUAGAUGGCAGCAUUGCUCAAGUUCAGAAAAGGGUCAGCUAGGGGUCGAGAAAACAAAUGCAGGAGCAAAUUUAAAUGCCUUUGAGACGCUGUCCUAUAAAGAAAGAGGGCGUUUUUGUUGACUCACUAUGCAUUUUUUAAAUUAAUUUAAAGGUGCAAUAUGCAGAAAUCCCUCCGCCAUUUCCUGGUUGCUAAAAUUCUAAUAGUUUGCCUAAUUUCAGUUUGUGACAAAACAAGCAAUGUAUAGUUCAGAGAAUCAUUGUACCAUCUAAAAUGCUGUGAAAUGUAUUUUCAAUAACCAAAAAUAUUGUAUUUUCAGCUGUUUGAAACUGGUUUACAAAACCAGAAGUAAAAGAUGCAAAAACCAAACUUAAGAACUGGAAGCAUAGAAAUAGCACAUAUAGAGAAGAUCUACUGCUUCUUAGACUUGCUUUCAAUUAGAAUUUUGAUCUAUAACUCACAUUUCUAUGUGCAUUUGGUUGGGUCGUCCAAUAAGUUGCAUAUUGCAGCUUUGAAUGUUUUUUUUAACAAAACAUUUUUAGUUCAAUACUCUGCACAUCUACAUAACCUAAUCAGCACUUUAUUGAUCCAUCUGGUUGUUGCCAGGAAGAUAAUACUACAUGUUAUCAAAGGGAUAAUAGUGGUUGUGGGCCUAGUUUUGAAAUGUAUUGUUGAAAUCUGUGUCUGACCUGCCCCAGCAGCUGGCACCUCUCUCCUCCUGUGUCCAACACAAUGCUUGCUUGUCCGUUCUUGCAGGUGUAGCAAUGAUGCAGAUAGUAGGCGGUCCCUAUUUAAAGACAGUCUCCCCCAACAAUAACGGUAAUUCUUUCAAACGUCUCCAGUCAGUAUUCUGUUAGAUGGCAUGUUAGAGAUGUUGUGAAAAUUAUGCUUCUUAUUUUUUUUGGCCCCUUUGGCACCACCAAACAAUGUGGAGUAUUGCUGUUUUAUUUUUUCAACAUUAGUGAGUUAGACAUUUUAGGACUUCCUGUCUUGUUUAAAUGCUUUUUUAAGAGGAGAUUUAGGAAGGAGACAUUUCGGCCCUUGUAUUGUGAUGAACAGCCAACAGCUGUUUGGACAUAACUGCACUGUGGACUUGCGUCAGUACUGUCUCCGUUAUAAUGUUGGUUUUAGCUAGGUUACUUUUUGCAGGUUUCGAUUUGUUGUGUGAUAAUUUAGUGACAAAGGUGUAUAAGUUUUUGUUUUGACAGGCAACACACCUAUUUUAGGUUAGGUUACUUUCCAUUUAGUACAGGAAAUUCACAUUUUAUUAAUGUUGUAUUGUCAUUUGAUAAUCAUUUUCUUCUUGUGGCAUACCUUUGUGGGUUUUUGUUAACAUCUCAGUGGCUCAGUUUAGAUGUUACCUGUGUACUCAUGGCUAGGGAAGGCCCUUUAUUUACAAUUCGAAAAUUAGGUCUAAGUGUUCGACCUAAGACCUUUAUAUUUCAGGUGAAUUCUUAUGGGCUCUAAACUUUAUACAGUACCAGUCAAAAGUUUGGACACACCUACUCAUUCAAGGGUUUUUCUUUAUUUUUUACUAUUUUCUACAUUGUAGAAUAAUAGUGAAGACAUCAAAAUUAUGAAAUAACACAUAUGGAAUCAUGUAGUAACCAAAAAAGUGUUAAACAAAUAAAGAUAUAUAUUUGAGAUUCUUCAAAGUAACCACCCUUUGCCUUGAUGACAGCUGUGCACACGCUUGGCAUUCUCUUAACCAGCUUCAUGAGGUAGUCACCUGGAAUGCUUUUCCAACAGUCUUGAAGGAGUUCCCACAUAUGCUGAGCACUUGUUGGCUGCUUUUCCUUUGCCCUGCGGUCCAACUCAUCCCAAACCAUCUCCAUUGGGGUUAGGUCGGGUGAUUGUGGAGGCCAGGUCAUGUGAUGCAGCACUCCGUCACUCUCCUUCUUGGUCAAAUAGCCCUUACACAGCCUGUAGGUGUGUUUUGGGUCAUUGUACUGUUGAAAAACAAAUGAUAGUCCCACUAAGCGCAAAGCAGAUGGGAUGGCCUAUUGCUGCAGAAUGCUGUGGUAGCCAUGCUGGUUAAGUGUGCCUUGAAUUCUAAAUAAAUCACAGACGGUGUCACCAGCAAAGCACCAUCACACCACCACCUCCAUGCUUCAUGGUGGGAACCACACAUGCGGAGAUAAUCUGUUCACCUACUCUGCGUCUCACAAAGACACGGCGGUUGGAACCAAAAAUCUAAAAUUUGCACUCAUCAGACCAAAGGACAGAUUUCCACCGGUCUAAUGUCCAUUGCUUGUGUUUCUUGGCCCAAGCAAGUCUCUUCUUAUUGGUAUCCUUUUAGUAGUGGUUUCUUUGCAGCAAUUCGACCAUGAAUGCCUGAUUCACACAGUCUCCUCUGAACAGUUGAUAUUGAGAUGUCUGUUACUUGAACUCUGUGAAGCAUUUAUUUGGGCUGCAAUCUGAGGUGCAGUUAACUCUAAUUAAAUUAUCCUCUGCAGCAGAGGUAACUCUGGGUCUUCUUUUCCUGUGGCGGUCCUCAUGAGAGCCAGUUUCAUCAUAGCGCUUGAUGGUUUUUGCGACUGCACUUGAAGAAACUUUCAGAGUUUUUAACAUUUUACGUAUUGACUGACCUUCAUGUCUUAAAGUAAUGAUGGACUGUUGUUUCUGUUUGCUUAUUUGAGCUGUUCUUGCCAUAAUAUGGACUUGGUCUUUCACCAAAUAGGACUAUCUUCUGUAUACCACCCGUACCUUGUCACAACACAACUGAUUGGCUCAAAUGCAUUAAGGAGGAAAUCAAUUCCACAAAUUAACUUUUAAGAAGGCAAACCUGUUAAUUGAAAUGCAUUCCAGGUGACUACCUCAUAAAGCUGGUUGAGAGAAUGCCAAGAGUGUGCAAAGCUGUCAUCAAGGCAAAGGGUGGCUACUUUGAAGAAUCUCAAAUAUAAAAUAUAUUUUGAUUUGUUUAACACUUUCUUUGGUUACUACAUGAUUCUAUGUGUGUUAUUUCAUAGUUUUGAUGUCUUCACUAUUAUUCUACAAUGUAGAAAAUAGUAAAAAUAAAGAAAAACCCUUGAAUGAGUAGGUGUCCAAACUUUUGACUGGUACUGUACAUCCUCAGGACAUUUCAAGAAUGAGCGAUAUGAGCACUAGCAAAAGUGUCAAUAACACAGCAUCUUUUUCCAUUUGAACCGUUUUACCCAAAUGUGGAAGUAGAUGCCCUAACCCUCCUGUGCUCUACGGUUGGUUUUGGUUAGAUGUACAGUAGAAUGGGGUUAGAAGAGGGUUUAUCAGAGAGGAAUGUGUCUUAAGAAGUAUUCUGUGUGUAUUUGACCUUCCACAGGUAUGCUGCCUGGCAUGGGCCCUCCUCUUCUUCCCAUGAUGCACCACCCCCAGUUGGCCCUGGCGGCGCCCGCCUUGGCAGGCCUCCAGCUCCCAGAGUGGUCUGAGUACAAAACAGCCGACGGGAAAACCUACUACUACAACAACCGCACACUGGAGUCCACCUGGGACAAACCCCAGGAACUACGGGAGAAAGGUUGGUCUACUUAAAGCUUUGGAUCUCUCCAACCAGCUAGCAUUCAUGCUCGACUGGUUAGUGAGAUUUUAGAUGUUGCAUAUCUAAUGUGUGUGAGUUUCCCCUCCUAUAGAGAAAGAGGCAGAGAAGGCUAAGGAGAGACAGCAGGCCCUGGAGGAGGAGGCCAUGGAGAUGGAGGAUGACGAGCCCAAAAUAGAGCCCCCUAAGGAGCUAAAGGAGGUGAGAGGGGAGGUGAGAGGAGAGAUGGACCCUACUAGUCAGAAAGGUGGCAUCAUUCUGUCCUGCAUUUUAGAAUUUGAUAAGGUGUAUUAUUGUCAUCCACCUUUAAUAAUAGUUGUAUUCCUUUCAUUGAGCAGGUUAAGGAGGAGGAGAUGACUGAAGAGGAGAAAGCAGCACAGAAAGCCAAGCCAGUGGCCACAAACCCCAUCCCUGGCACUCCCUGGUAUGUAACAUAAAGCCAAGCCAGUGGCCACAAACCCCAUCCCUGGCACUCCCUGGUAUGUAACAUAAAGCCAAGCCAGUGGCCACAAACCCCAACCCUGGCACUCCCUGGUAUGUAACAUAAAGCCAAGCCAGUGGCCACAAACCCCAUCCCUGGCACUCCCUGGUAUGUAACAUAAAGCCAAGCCAGUGGCCACUAACCCCAUCCCUGGCAUGCAACAGAAAGCCAAGCCAGUGGCCACUAACCCCAUCCCUGGCAUGUAACAGAAAGCCAAGCCAGUGGCCACAAACCCCAUCCCUGGUAUACAACAGAAAGCCAAGCCAGUGGCCACUAACCCCAUCCCUGGCACUCCCUGGUAUACAACAGAAAGCCAAGCCAGUGGCCACUAACCCCAUCCCUGGCAUGUAACAGAAAGCCAAGCCAGUGGCCACAAACCCCAUCCCUGGUAUACAACAGAAAGCCAAGCCAGUGGCCACUAACCCCAUCCCUGGCACUCCCUGGUAUACAACAGAAAGCCAAGCCAGUGGCCACUAACCCCAUCCCUGGCAUGUAACAGAAAGCCAAGCCAGUGGCCACAAACCCCAUCCCUGGCACUCCCUGGUAUACAACAGAAAGCCAAGCCAGUGGCCACAAACCCCAUCCCUGGUAUACAACAGAAAGCCAAGCCGGUGGCCACUAACCACAUCCCUGGUACUCGCUGGUAGGUGCCACUGAUGGUAACAGAGCUAUGUGCUGUUGUAUGGAGGCUAAACUUGCAUCACUCACACGCCCUUGUGCCCUAUUGAACGUGUGUGUAGGUGUAUUGUGUGGACCGGUGACGAGCGUGUGUUCUACUACAACCCCACCACGCGUCUCUCUAUGUGGGACCGGCCAGAGGAGCUGGUGGGACGGGCCGACGUUGACAAGAACAUCCAGGAACCACCUCACAAGAGAGGCCUGGAGGACGCCACCAGGAAGCUGGGUACGAACACACACGGGCACACUCAUUCUGCCUCUGUAGGUGUUCAUGACGAUGGCCUCAUUUGUCAUUUUACAAUGCUGUCUCAUCACUUCUCUCUCCCUCAGGAAUCAGCAAAGAGGAGCUUGAGGCAGCAGCAGAGGAAGCUCUGGAAGAUGAGCCUGUGAAGGCCAAGAAGAGGAAGUAAGUCCCCAGUCCUCUCCAUCCAAGGGCCCAGCACACUUUAGUAGGGGCCAUUAACAGCAUGUCGAGGCACUCAGUCAUUCUUCCUCGUCUGAACAGAUAAAACAGCUUGUACAAAUUCAAAUAAACCCAUGAUGUACUCUGGCUAAAAAUAUCUAAAUUGUUAGUUUAAGGUUAAGUUAGGGUUUUUGGUCGUGAAAACACUAAAUUGCUUGAUUUGGAUAUUUUCCUGUGGGGGUGGAGGGACUGACUCUUUCUGUGGGAAGUAGUCUUUAACCCAGCUUGUACUGACUAAGUAAAGCCUAUGAUGUCUUCACUGGUUCUGUUAAAGUGGUCAAUCAAUGGUCACUGUCCAGGUUACCCAAUCAGUCACUGUUUCCCAUCGGUGCCCUCCAAGCCUGCCUCUCCCCGCUACCCUAAACACUGGUCCUGUUGCACAAGAGACUAUUGUUCAGGGAAAAGGCCUGUAGAACACAUGGUGAUGCCAACAUGGGCCUCCAAGGUAACCACCUUGCUUGACCUUCUUCUUCUAGAACUACUGCAUUAGGAACCGCAAUGAGCAAAUGAAGACAUGAACCUCCCUGCCCCGUCCCGCCAUAGCUGUAUGUGAUAGUGGAAAAGGGAAUACAAAAUCCAAGACAGUGAAUAUCAGUGGUCAGGUAUUUGACAAAUCCUCCCCCUCCCGAUCUUUAUAACCCGUAGGACCUAUGCAAGACCUAACGUGUAUCAUUUGGAGUCCACUCAUUUGGUAGAUGGCCGAUAAUUGAUCAGUCAAGUAUAGCAGACCACCUAGGUAGAGAUAACAUAGAACAACAUACUGUUUCAUUUCCCCAAUUGAAGAAGUUAAGUUUCACCCCAGUCCAGCCCCCCCCAUCUAUCACUAACUCUCCCCUGGGCCUUGACGUCUUCCCUCUGCUUGCAGGAAGGAGGAAGUGAUGAAAGAGGCGGACUCUGAGAAAGAGGCAGCCAUGGAGGCGGAGCUGAAGGCUGCCCGAGAGCGGGCCAUUGUGCCCCUGGAGAACCGCAUGACACAGUUCAGGGACAUGCUGCUGAAGAGAGGGGUAAAACACUUCAAUCCAACGCAAUACUGUAACCAGCUCUGUAAUGUUAGACACAUUAAUCUGAAUGGAAGCCCACCAAGGUACACUCUUCAGUUAAUUAUCCUUGUCUUUGGUGCACUGUUUUAUUCCUGUUCUUCUUCCUCUAUCUUAUGCCCAGUUUAUUGACAAGUACAUUUCUGCUUAUGUUUUGCUUUGGUAAUACUUCAAAAAGUAAAUUCAUAAAAGUUAGUUAAACAUGUUAUGUACACAUCUACAAUAGUAUUGAAUUGUAAUGAUAGACUAAGAAUUUAACAUUUCACUAUUCUACGUAGGGAAGAAAUUAUUUAAUAUACACUACCGUUCAAAAGUUGGGGGUCACUUAGAAAUGUCUUUGUUUUUCGAAAGAAAAGCAUUUAUUUUGGUCCAUUAAAAUAACAUCAAAUUGAUCCGAAAUACAGUGUAGACAUUGUUAACGUUGUAAAUGGCUAUGGUAGCUGGAAACGGCUGAUUUUUAAUGGAAUAUCUACAUAGGCGUACAGAGGCCCAUUAUCAGCAACCAUCAGUCCUGUGUUCCAAUGGCACGUUGUGUUUGCGAAUCCAGGUUUAUCAUUUUAAAAGGCUAAUUGAUCAUUAGAAAACCCUUUUGCAAUUAUGUUAGUACAGCUGAAAACUGUUGUGCUGAUUUUAAAGAAGCAAUAAAACUGGCCUUCUUGAGACUAGUUGAAUAUCUGGAGCAUCAGCAAUUGUGGGUUCGAUUACAGAAUCAAAAUGGCCAGAAACAAAGAACUUUCUUCUGUAACUCGUCGGUCUAUUCUUGUUCUGAGAAAUGAAGGCUAUUCCAUGUGAGAAAUUGCCAAGAAACUGAAGAUCUCGUACAAUGCUGUGUACUACUCCCUGCACAGAACAGCGCAAACUGGCUCUAACCAGAAUAGAAAGAGGAGUGGGAGGCCCCGGUGCACAACUGAGCAAGAGGACAAAUACAUUUAGUGUCUAGUUUGAGAAACAGACGCCUCACAGGUCCUCAACUCGUAGCUUCAUUAAAUAGUACCCAUAAAACACCAGUCUCAACGUCAACAGUGAAGAGGCGACUCCGGGAUGCUGACCUUCUAGGCAGAGUUGCAAAGAAAAAGCCAUAUCUCAGACUGGCCAAUAAAAGAUGAAGAUGGGCAAAAGAACACAGACACUGGACAGAGGAAGAUUGGAAAAAGGGUUAUGGACAGACUAAUCGAAGUUUGAGGUGUUCGGAUCACAAAGAAGAACAUUUGUGAGACGCAGACCAAAUGAAAAGAUGCUGGAGGAGUGCUUGAUGCCAUCUGUCAAGCAUGGUGGAGGCAAUGUGAUGGUCUGGGGGUGCUUUGGUGGUGGUAAAGUGGGAGAUGUGUACAGGGUAAAGGGGAUCUUGAAGAAGGAAGGCUAUAACUCCAUUUUGCAACGCUAUGCCAUACCCUGUAGACAGCGCUUGAUUGGAGCCAAUUCCCUCCUACAACAGGACAAUGACCCAAAGCACAGCUCCAAACUAUGCAAGAACUAUUUAGGGAAGAAGCAGUCAGCUGGUAUUCUGUCUAUAAUGGAGUGGCCAGCAGUCACCGGAUCUCAACCCUAUUGACCGUAUGGUACGUAAGAAGUUCCCAUCAAGCCAAUCCAACUUGUGGGAGGUGCUUCAAGAAGCAUGGGGUGAAAUCUCUUCAGAUUACCUCAACAAAUUGACAACUAGAAUGCCAAAGGUCUUGCAAGGCUGUAAUUGCUGCAAAUGGAGGAUUCUUUGACGAAAGCAACGUUUGAAGGACACAAUUAUUAUUUCAAUUAAAAAUCAUUAUUUCUAACCUUGUCAAUGACUACUCAUUUCAUGUAUGUUUUCAUGGAAAACAAGGACAUUUCUAAGUGACCCCAAACUUUUGAACGGUAGUGUGUGUGAUAUAUAUAUGUGUGUUAAUCUAUUUAUUGUACAUAAUGGUGACUUUUAUAUAUCUUUUUUUGAAAAUGACUCGUGCCGUAUGCUCAUGCUGUACUGGAGUUUAUCAGUGUUCUUUGGUUUGUCCAAUACAUUCAUGGGAUCCAUAUAUCUACAGGCCUACACUGCCAAUGGCGGUCGUAAUGUUCCUUAUUUCCAAACUGGCAUGCAGAGUAGAUAAUAGCUUGAUGUUGUCAUCUCCUCUAAUCUGGGAUCAUCUUUCAUGUGUUCAGCUUCUGUUUGUAUUACAUGAACUAUGUACCAACUUUUCUAUCCUAUAAACAGUUGUUCAGCUUCUGUUCAGACCCAAAAGAGGCAUAUUGCAACUCUGACACAUCCAAAGCAGAGAUAAAAACUAAUUGGAUUGUAAAAUGUAUUAAACUACCCUAGCAAGGGAGUUAUUGGUGCCUGCCUGCCUGCUCUCUGGAGCCUUUUCCAUGGGUACCACCAGCCGUGAUUCAAACCUUUUUAUUGCCUUGCUCUGCUGUAAUUUCAUUGCUCCUUUGGGUGUCACUAGUUUGAGGAGUAAAACGUGACUCAUUCCAACCCUUUUAGAUUUGAGGGGGAUUGAUUGGGUUGACGGGGGAUUAUUUCCCCUGGAAGGAAACUAAUUUGACUGAUGACUGAAAGUGUUAUGUGAAUGUUGUUGAAGCCCACCUUGAUUGGCCUGGUCUCACACCCUCCAACCCCGUGCCUACAGGUCUCAGCAUUCUCUACCUGGGAGAAAGAGUUGCACAAGAUUGUUUUUGAUCCGCGAUACCUGCUACUUAACCCCAAAGAGAGAAAGCAGGUAUUGUACACUUACAAAAUGAAUUUAUGAUUUUUUUUUUUUUUUCCAUAUUCAGUCUUAUUAUGAUAUGAGCUAUGUUUCCCUUUGGGGGAAGAUCAGAGCUCUGCGAUCAGGUAACAUAUGUAUUUCCCUAGGGGUUACAGUGAGGGGAAAAAGUAUUUGAUCCCCUGCUGAUUUUGUACGUUUGCCCACUGACAAAGAAAUUAUCAGUCUAUCAUUUUAAUGGUAGGUUUAUUUGAACAGUGAGAUCCAGAAAAACGCAUGUCAAAAAUGUUAUAAAUUGAUUUGCAUUUUAAUGAGGGAAAUAAGUAUUUGACCCCUCUGCAAAACAUGACUUAGUACUUGGUGGCAAAACCCUUGUUGGCAAUCACAGAGGUCAGACGUUUCUUGUAGUUGGCCACCAGGUUUGCACACAUCUCAGGAGGGAUUUUGUCCCACUCCUCUUUGAAGAUCUUCUCCAAGUCAUUAAGGUUUCGAGGCUGACGUUUGGCAACUCGAACCUUCAGCUCCCUCCACAGAAUUUCUAUGGGAUUAAGGUCUGGAGACUGGCUAGGCCACUCCAGGACCUUAAUGUGCUUCUUCUUGAGCCACUCCUUUGUUGCCUUGGCCGUGUGUUUUGGGUCAUUGUCAUGCUGGAAUACCCAUCCACGACCCGUUUUCAAUGCCCUGGCUGAGGGAAGGAGGUUCUCACCCAAGAUUUGACGGUACAUGGUCCCGUCCAUCGUCCCUUUGAUGCGGUGAAGUUGUCCUGUCCCCUUAGCAGAAAAACACCCUUAGCAUAAUGUUUCCACCUCCAUGUUUGACGGUGGGGAUGGUGUUCUUGGGGUCAUAGGCAGCAUUCCUCCUCCUCCAAACACGGCGAGUUGAGUUGAUGGCAAAGAGCUCGAUUUUGGUCUCAUCUGACCACAACACUUUCACCCAGUUCUCCUCUGAAUCAUUCAGAUGUUCAUUGGCAAACUUCAGAUGGGCAUGUAUAUGUGCUUUCUUGAGCAGGGGGACCUUGCGGGCGCUGCAGGAUUUCAGUCCUUCACGGCGUAGUGUGUUACCAAUUGUUUUCUUGGUGACUAUGGUCCCAGCUGCCUUGAGAUCAUUGACAAGAUCCUCCCGUGUAGUUCUGGGCUGAUUCCUCACCGUUCUCAUGAUCAUUGCAACUCCACGAGGUGAGAUCUUGCAUGGAGCCUCAGGCCAAGGGAGAUUUGACAGUUAUUUUGUGUUUCUUCCAUUUGCUAAUAAUAGCACCAACUGUUGUCACCUUCUCACCAAGCUGCUUGGCGAUGGUCUUGUAGCCCAUUCCAGCCUUGUGUAGGUCUACAAUCUUGUCCCUGACAUCCUUGGAGAGCUCUUUGGUCUUGGCCAUGGUGGAGAGUUUGUAAUCUGAUUGCUUCUGUGGACAGGUGUCUUUUAUACAGGUAACAAGCUGAGAUUCGGAGCACUCCCUUUAAGAGUGUGCUCCUAAUCUCAGCUCGUUACCUGUAUAAAAGACACCUGGGAGCCAGAAAUCUUUCUGAUUGAGAGGGGGUCAAAUACUUAUUUCCCUCAUUAAAAUGCAAAUCAAUUUAUAACAUAAAUGUGUUUUUCUUAAUUUUUUUGUUGUUAUUCUGUCUCACUGUUCAAAUAAACCUACCAUUAAAAUUAGAAUGAUCAUUUCUUUAUCAGUGGGCAAACUUACAAAAUCAGUAGGGGAUCAAAUACUUUUUCCCUCACUGUAUCUGCCAGUCCUGUCUUUUUAUUUCUGUCUGCUGGUCCUGUGCAGGUGUUUGACCAGUAUGUGAAGACCCGGGCUGAGGAGGAGCGGAAGGAGAAGAAGAACAAGCUGAUGCAGUCUAAGGACGAGUUCAGGAAGAUGAUGGAGGAGGCCAAGCUCACUGCCAGGUCAGACCUCACUACAAACGCCCAUUAGUUAAUACGUUACCAGUCAGGUGAUUAGUUUAAUACAUUGACUUGGUGUACCAGUCAGGUGUACAUUUACAUUAUUAGUAUCUCUCAGGCAGCUAAGAGUUGCUAUGUUGUUUGUUUCAGGACAACGUUCAGUGAGUUUGCCUCCAAGCACGCCAAGGACCCACGGUUCAAGACCAUAGAGAAGAUGAAGGACCGGGAGUCCAUCUUUAUCGAGUUCAUGUCCGCUCUCAAGAAGAAAGAGAAGGAGGACUCCAAGAACAGAGGAGAGAAGGUGAGCACUGGACUGGAAACCCCCAUGGCCCACUGAAAACAGUAGCCUGAGGAAGUGAUAUGCUGGACAAGUAGCUAGCUGCCUGGAUUGUGUGCUUAGUGAAACCUGGAAACACUUGGAAUAUCUGACUGUGUCUAUGUUUAUAGGCUCCUGAGUGGCGCAGUGGUCUAAGGCACUGCAUUGCAGUGCUAGCUGUGCCACUAGAGAUCCUGGUUCGAUUCCAGGCUCUGUCACAGCCGGCCGCGACCGGGAGACUCAUGGGCGGCGCACAAUUGGCCCAGCGUUGUCCAGGGUAGGGGAGGGAAUGGCCGGCAGGGAUGUAGCUCAGUUGAUAGAGCAUGGCGUUUGCAAUGCCAGGUUUGUGGGUUCGAUUCCCACGGGGGACCAGUAUGAAAAAAAAAUUAUAAUAAAAAUAUGUAUUCACUAACUGUAAGUCGCUCUGGAUAAGAGCGUCUGCUAAAUGACUAAAAUAUAAAAAUGUAAAUGUAUGUUCCUAUUGUAAACCUGGUCUCUGUCCCAGGUGAAGCAGGACUUCUUUGAGCUGCUUGGUGACCACCACCUGGAUGGAGGGCAGCGCUGGAGCAAGGUGAAGGACAAGCUGGAGGGAGACCCCCGCUACAAGGCUGUGGAGAGCUCCAACACCAGAGAGGAACUCUACAAGCAGUAUGUGGACAAGCAGGCCAAGGUGGGAGGAACAGGAUAGCGCCUCUGAGGCUGCCCUUACUGCUCACACUCACUGGCUCCAGCUUGUCAUCUUCUGGCAUUUAACCCAGCCCAUUCAGUGCCGCGCUCUUAGAUGCUGUUUAGCCACUUGACGUGAUGGGUGUCAUGACGCAUGUGGUGAUUGCAGACCCUUGUGUAUAUGAUGCUGCCAGAACAUGUCUGAUGGUUUGUGUCUCUCUCUUGCCAGAACAUGGACUCUGAUAAGGAGAAGGAGCUGGAGCGCGCCGCCAGGAUAGAGGCCAGUCUGAGGGAGAGGGAGCGCGAGGUGCAGAAGGCCCGCUCUGAGCAGACCAAGGAGAUCGACAGAGAACGGGAGCAGCACAAGAGGGAGGAAGCCAUCCAGCACUUCAGAGCCCUCAUGUCUGAUAUGGUGAGCACACACCAUCAACUCAAGUUUGUUCACCCAAUAAGGGACCAACAGGACUACAUUUGCAGCUGAGAACUUGGGUGAACCAAACAUUUGUUUAGAUUAAACCCAGUUUGAUAUGGCCACUGAAAGAUCAACUCAACCAGGCUGAUCAGAGACAAGAAAGGAACCUUCGUUUUUAGAUUGACCUUGUUAAUGUCCAGACUUGUGCACUGGUUAUUAUGUGGACGAAGAACCAUGUGCCAGAUCCUAAUGCUGGUGUGUGUUGUGAUCAGGUGCGGUCGUCUGACGCGUCGUGGUCUGACACCCGGCGUAACCUGCGUAAGGACCACCGCUGGGAGUCAGCCUCUCUGCUGGAGAGAGAUGAGAAGGAGAAACUGUUCAACGAACACGUGGAGGCGCUCUCCAAGAAGAAGAAGGAGAACUUCAGACAGCUACUGGACGAGACCGUCAUGGUGAGGGACAACGUUUGGGCUGGUGUUACGCUCUCAUUACAGGGCAUAUGUACACCGACACGGCUUCUUUUAAAUGUAAACUCACUGCAGUCCAUCUGUGUAUGAACACGCUGCCGAUAUAAAGGUGUCACUGUAAACCUCAAGUCAUAUCCUGUAUGCAUGUCAUUCAGAUACAGCGUAUUACCCUGUGAGGAAUGACUUGGUAGUACGUGCUUUGAUUGACUGUUUGCCACAGAUCACACUGACCACCACAUGGAAGGAGGUAAAGAAGAUCAUUAAAGAGGACCCUCGCUGUAUCAAGUUCUCCAGUAGUGACAGAGUAAGACCUUUCUCUUUUACGUUACUGUCUACUGGUUGUUUCAGCUACCCAUGUCCCCCGUUGACACCAGGCAAAGACGCUGAGGGGUUUGUCUUCUUUUGAUUUGUAGAAAAAACAGAGGGAGUUUGAAGACUACAUCAAAGACAAGUACAUCACAGCCAAAGCUGACUUCAGAACACUUCUGAAAGAGACCAAGUUCAUCACGUACAGGUGAGUACAGCAACACGGGCUGGAUUUUGACAUUCUUUCACUGGUAGCUGAGGGAAUAAGGUUCCAAUUGACAUGUAUCAUAAGUUGGUUCAUUUUAAUGGCAUUUAUACUAGAGUUUUAAACAAUUGCUCGAUCGAUUUUGAGUCAGUAGGAGGUGCUAUUGGUCCAUCUGUACUGCUGCUUUACUGACUCCUCCCCCCAUUUUUGUCCUCCUCUCAGGUCGCGGAAGUUGCUCCUGGAGUCUGAGCAGCACCUGAAGGACGUGGAGAAGGUUCUGCAGAACGACAAGCGUUACCUGGUGCUGGACUGUGUCCCGGAUGAGAGGAGAAAACUCCUCAUGUUCUACAUGGAGGACCUGGACCGCCGUGGUCCCCCUCCUCCCCCCACCGCCUCGGAGCCCACGCGGCGCUCCACC